AUGAUGCUCAAAUAUUUGUUGAUUCUCGUCGUCGCCGCCGCCGCCAGCGACGUCGCCGUCGACAUUCGCGGCCAAUUUCUAUGCAAAGGCAAACCCUAUUCGCAUCUCAUUGUCAAAUUGGUGGAGGUCAACAUCUUCUUUCCCAAUAAGCGCCUCCGAACGAUGCGAACCAACGCCGACGGCAAUUUUUCGACAAGCGCAACCGCGUCGAGUUGGCUCUUCGAGCCGAACUUGCAGAUUCGCCUCAGAAACCAUUGCUACCACGGGAUGAACAUGACAAUCGGUUAUCGUCAUUGCGGUGUUCCAAUGAGCUGGUCGAUUCCGAGCGAGGCGAAAUCCGACGGCCAUUUGCCGAAGACCACGUUCGAUUUUGGCGUGCACGAUCUCGUCACCGACUAUUCGAUGUUUCGAUGCUAUUGA